AUGGCUGUCCGAUCUGCCUUCGACCCCAAAGACAUGGUCUUUCGUCACCUCGGCCCUACUGGGUUGAAGGUCUCGGUCUUUUCGUUGGGCGGCUGGCUCACAUACGGUGGAACCCAGAAGGGCAACAUUGUCAAAGAAUGCUUACAAGCCGCCUGGGACCAUGGAAUCAACUUCUUCGAUACUGCAGAGACCUAUGCCAAUGGACAGUCCGAGAUUGAAAUGGGCAAUGCCUUGAAGGAACUCAACUGGCCACGAGACGAGUAUGUCUUGUCCACCAAGAUCUUCUUCGGCACAGGUCGAAAAGAACCCAAUACCCGUGGCCUCUCCCGCAAGCACAUUGUCGAAGGUCUCAAAAGCUCUCUGGACCGUCUUCAACAACCAUAUGUGGAUAUCGUCCUUGCCCACCGACCUGACUAUGCGACCCCGAUGAAGGAGAUCGUCGAGGGCUUCACUCAGGUCAUCCGAAAUCUCAACCUUGCCUAUUACUGGGGAACCUCCGAAUGGUCGGCGACCCAGAUCACCGAAGCCACCUUGAUUGCAGAGAAGUACAACCUCAUUGCCCCCAUCGCCGAGCAACCACAGUACAACGCCUUCCACCGUCAACGAUUCGAGGUCGAAUAUGCCCCGCUGUACAAGGAGUACAAGUACGGCACCACCAUCUGGUCCCCGCUCGCAUCCGGUCUCUUGACGGGCAAGUACAACGACGGCAUCCCCGAAGGCUCACGGUUCGCGAACCACAAAGAUUUCUUCGGCAGCACAAUCGAGUCCCUCCAGAAGUCCGAGGGCAAGGCCAAGAUCGAAAAGGUCAAGAAGUUGACCACCAUCGCCGAGCGACUGGGCGGCAAUAUGUCGCAGCUGGCGCUGGCGUGGUGUGCAAAGAACCCCAAUGUCAGCACCGUCAUCCUCGGAGCCACCAAGGUCGAGCAGAUCGUGGACAACUGCAAAGCUCUCAAGCUGUUGGAGAAGCUGGACGACAAGACCAUGCAGGAGAUUGAGGAGAUCCUCGACAACAAGCCUGCCGAGCCAGCAACCUUUGGACGAUCGAGGUAG